CUGAAAACGAACAGAUACUCCCAUUGGCUAUCCUGCAAAACUUUGCAUAGCUCAUCCCCGCCAUAUAUGGCGACGUUAAUCCAUGAUUUUAACUUCAAGAACCAAACAGAAGCCGUUAGCUCCACAACCAUGGUUUCUGAUUCUUGGAACCCCAUGGCCAAAGCUCAAGAAGCUAAGCUACACAUAGCUAUGUUCCCAUGGCUAGCCUUUGGUCACAUAAUUCCAUUUUUAGAAUAUGCCAAAUUCUUAGUCCAAAAGGGUCACAGAAUUUCCUUCAUUUCCACCCCGAAAAACAUCGACCGCCUCCCGAAAAUCCCACCAGAACUAGCUACUUCUAUCACCUUAGUUAAAAUUCCACUACCCAAAGUUAAAGGGCUCCCUGAAAAUGCGGAGGCCACUAUGGAUGUUCGCACCGAAGAUGUUGAGCAUCUCAAGAAAGCCUAUGACGGGCUCCAACCCGAGUUGACUCGUUUCUUGGAGGACUCAGUUCCUGACAUGAUUAUUUACGACUUCGCCCCUUAUUGGCUGCCUGAAGCCGCUGCUAAGCUUGGGAUUUCUCGUGUCUAUUUUUGUAUCUUCAACGCUUGGUUUUUUGCAUUUUUUGGGCCAACCGAUAUGAUGGUGGACGGGCCAGAUCCCAGGAAAAAGGCGGAGGAUUUCUUGGUCCCACCUAAGUGGGUCCCGUUUAAGAAUAAAGUGGCUUACAAGCCGUUUGAGGCGAACUGGAUGUUGAGCUCCGCUGAAAGGAAUGUCUCCGGCGUUUCCGAUAUUUACCGCGCCGGCAAAGUCGUGGCCGGCUCUGACUCGAUUCUAAUAAGGCACUGCCAAGAGUUCGAAGGCGCGUGGUUAAAUUUGCUUGGAGAGCUUCAUCAAAAGCCGUUUAUUCCACUCGGCUUAAUGCCACCGCCGACUCACGUCAACGGCUCAGACGAGAAAAAUGAAACAUGGGAUUUCAUUAGCUCAUGGCUUGAAAUUCAAGAAAGAGGCUCAGUAAUUUACGUUGCAUUGGGGAGCGAGGUGGCACUGAAUCAAUCCCAUGUGACUCAGUUGGCACUCGGAUUGGAGUCAUCGGGGUUGCCAUUCUUUUGGGCUUUAAGGAAACCAGCCGGGUCAAACGAGCCCUUUGAGUUGCCAGAUGGGUAUGAAGAGCGAGUCAAGGGAAGGGGGCUCGUGUGGAAAGGAUGGGCACCGCAGAUGAGGAUACUGAGUCAUGAAUCGGUGGGAGGGUUCUUGACUCACUGUGGUUGGAGUUCCUGCGUGGAGGGGAUUCUGUUUGGGCUUCCUCUUGUUAUGCUGCCCUUCUUGGUGGAUCAAGGGCUUAAUGCUAGGGUUCUAGACGAUAACGGAGUUGGGAUAGAAGUUCCAAGAGAUGAGGAAACCGGGUCGUACAAGAGUGACUCUGUGGCCGAGUCAGUGAGGCUGAUCAUGGUUGAAAAUGAUGGGAAGAGACGCAGAGAAAGGGCAAAGGAAUUAAGUUUGAUUUUUGGAGACAGAGAAUUACAUAAUUCAUACUUAGAAAAAUCUAUUGUUUGAGUUUUUAUGUCAGUACGAAAACUAGAGAAAAAAAGAAAAGAAAAAGAAAGCCACGCAAUCACUUACAUAGGAGUUGUAGCCUACGUUUAGAACAAAUAAAUGGAACUUUUUUUUUCUUUUCCUUUUUUAGAAAUAAAUGGGAUUUUGUUUGAGGAUAUGUGCUUAU